UUUGUAUCUUGGCUUUCUUUGGUCACUAUACUCUUAACUCUAUAUAAUUUAAUUUGGUUACUAGUUAUAAGGGAUUAUAUCAGGAAAGCUGAAAUUUCAAAUGGCAACCAUCGACGUGAAGAAGGGAGAUGUGGAGACCAAACAGAUGAUCCAGGUUCUUGUUGAGAAAGAAAAAGAAAGACGAAAUCAUCGAAACAACAAUGCACCCUCCAUUUACAUCGUUGACAGUAUCCUACGCAAUCUCAGCCCAAAUUCGUUUGAGCCUUGUGUCGUCGCCAUUGGACCUCUCCACAAAGAAGAUGAAAAAUUGCAAGAUAUGGAAAGCCAUAAAGUGACAUAUUUGCUUGAUCUAUUUCUUCGUUUACCAUCCAUGCCAGAUCGAAAGAUGGACGAAUGCAUUGAAAGGGUGUAUGCGAAUGUAGAACAAAUCAGGGCAUGUUAUGCUGGGAAAAUGGAGGCCUAUGAUGACUGCCAAGUUGCAAAAAUGAUGGUCAUUGAUGGUUGUUUCGUGCUUGAAUUCAUUCUCAGGGUCUGUAACUAUCCUGACGAGGAUCCAAUCUUUUACAAUAAAUUGGCCUUUCAAAAUGUUAUGCGUGAUUUGCUCCUGCUAGAAAACCAGAUACCUUUCUUUGUUCUUCAGGACAUCUUUAAGUGCACCAUCUUAGAAUUUGAUCCAUCAUCUUCUCUGCAAAGCUUAAUCUUUUUAUUUCUAAGGCCUAUCAAUCCCUUCGACAUAUCGUAUGUAACCAACAUUAAUGAUGGGGUGGAUACAAGUUAUGAACAUGUCCUUGGCCUUCUGCAGAAAUUUUGCCAGCCUGCUGAUGCUAAGCCAUCUGGAGUUUCAGUGUCAAGGUUCCAUUCAGUUGAAGAACUGACCAAUGCAGGGGUGAACUUUAAGCGUAAUCAAGAUAAAAGAUGGCCACUCGCCAUGGAAUUUAAAGCAUCGUGGUUUCCAUGCUUUGGUUGGGCGUGGGGUAAGCCUACUUUCACAAUGCCAGUACUGUAUAUUGAAGAUCACACUGAGUCAGUUUUGAGGAACUUAAUUGCAUAUGAGCAAUGUAGUCCUCUAAGUGAUACUUACAUUACAUCAUAUGCUGUUGCCAUGGGUAUGCUGGUGGAUACUCAAGAGGACAUUGUCAAAAUGGUAGAUUCAAAAGUUCUCAUAAACAAUUUGGGUACUAACCGAGAUGCAGCAAAUAUGAUCAACAACAUAUGCGAAAAUGUUGUCCUACAAGAUUUCUGCUAUAGUCAACAAUGUAACCAAGUGGGUUCAUACUACGAUCAUUGCUGGCCCAAAUAUAUUGCACCGAAUAUGGCAGGGCUGAGGCGUACUUAUUUCAGUAGUCCAUGGAAUUUCGUUGCGCUAGUUGCCGGAAUCAUCCUCUUUGGUCUUACUGUCAUUCAAACGUACUAUACCGUCAACCCUGCGGCUUGA